CACACGGAGCACAGGAAAGGGAGCUCAGGAACCCGAGGUCCAAUGGCAACCCGCGGGGCCCUCCGCGAGGCGAAAGCGCCAGCCGCUGGAGCCCACUCACCAGAUGCAGCCGCCAAGAUGGCCGGGGAGCGAGAAAGGAAGUAGUACCCACAAUGCAAAGCUCUUCACCACCCAGCCAGGAGCCCCGACCGGAAGCGGAAGCAGAUCGCAAGCGGAAGAAGCGGGGCAAGAAGAGAAGGACCGCUCCGGUUGCUAUAGGUACCGCUGGGGAGGGCGGCGGGGGUGCUGUGAGCUGAAACCAGCCGAGUGCCUGAGGUCGGCCCUGCUCGUGGCUCUGGCUUCCAGCUGCGGCCUGAGGAGCCGCGGUCGGCGGAGCUGGUUGGGAACUGGAGAACCGGCUGAAGAAGAAAGCGAGUCCUGCUUUGUCCAACCCAAACCACGUUCAUUGGGAGGAGAAUCUACUAUUUCUGACAAGGCACAAAAGGAAAACCUUCCUCCAUUAGAGAAGCUCAAGAUUUCAGCAGCGUCUACAGCUAAUGGUGUUAAAUCCCUUCAUGAUCAGCCCCUGGCAAAGGAUGCUGCAGACCCGCUGGGAUCCCCCGAGAAGAUUCAGCCUCUAGAGGGACCCCAGGAGUCUGGGCCACUUCAGCAAGAUGGCAAAGAUGAAACUCCAGGAGCAGGAGGACAGAAAGAUGUGGAAGCAGUGCCAGAGGCCCAGCCUUUAGAAGGAAAUGCCGAGACGGAACCUUUAGGAACAGAAGCCAGGCAUCAGCCUUUGAGGGCGGCCGGCGAGAGGGACUCCCCUGGAGCCGUAGGAGACACCGAGACUCCACAGACUGCCAGAGAGAUGAAACCUCUAAGAAGAGCUGGAAAAAUCCCACCUCCGGAAGCAGGUAGAGCGUCACAACCUCCACCAAAGCCCCAACUCCUGGACACCGUUCCCACGGAGACGGAAGCUCCAGAAAUAUUGGAAGGACAUCAGCCUGUUGAAACAGCUGAGGAACAUCAACUUCAAGAAACACUGGGGAGGGAUGAGCAAUCCCAGCUCCUAGAAACAAUGUCCAAAGGGAAAGGAUUUCUGGAAAUAUCGGAAGGAAGUCAGCUUGUGGAAGCAGCUGUAAAGAACGAUUUGAUUCCUAAAACUCCUGAAGGUCUGGUCAACAUGGAGCAGAUUCAACCUGAAGGAAUAGUCGGAAGCGUGGAGCAUCCAGCAGGAACUCUGGGAACAGGGACAAACGUGGAAAUUGUCAGGAAAAUUCACACCAAAAAGGAGGACCAAAACAUUGAAGGUGAGACAGGCGAAGAGGUUGGAACAGGGAUGGAGAAAGUUAGUGAAAGAGCGGAAACAAAAGAAGAAGAAACAGGAGGAGCUGUGGAACUUCCAGCAGCCAUCUAGAUAGAGCAUGCUGCUGCCAUCAAGAUUGUUUUGCGAACUCAUCUUGGAAACGGGAAAGACCACAGAGAUCAAACAGUGAAACGUGGCUUGUCAUGAAAACCGCCUGAGCGCCUGGUAACACGGCUGGUUUUGCUGCUUUGGUGAAGGAAGGAGCUCCCUAGGUCGCUGUGAAUCAUUGCUUUUACAUUAGCAUCAAAGACUGUGCUAAUGAUCAUGAAAGAAGUCUUGUCCAGUGUCUUAAGAGCCACACUUUAUUUGAAUCCCUGCCCUGUUAAGAGCUUCUCAUUCUUUUGACAGCGGCACAUUUCAUUGUCUGGAUCUACUUUAACUAUUUACAUUGAUUCCAAUAUUUUGCUACUGUAAACGAAACUACAUUGAAAACCAUCACACACACACACACACACACACACACACACACGUUUUUCCUGAGCAAAACUAAGCCUUUCUGCCUGCUGAGCCCCAGAGGUCCUCUGGUGGAGCCUUUCUUAUACCAGUCACAGGGGGAUAGUUAGUUCUGUUCUUAUCCUAACUCCUGGGUGUGCGGGACUGUAAACUCCUUGAAGGCAGGGGCAGUGCCUUCUUAUGUCUCUGGCUGUGCAGGGCCUAGGUGAUUCCUUACACAUAGCGGGAACAUGGUAACUUCUUGAUGUUUUGCUCUCCACUUGGCAGCUUCAACAACUUGGACUUUCACUAAAGUAUCUUUUUUGGAGGACCUACUAGCUUUUAGGGUGGGUUGUGGAGAACUGAAGAGGUUAACUUUAAACUUGGUAACAGGAUUUAGACAGUCUGGGAAUUCUUCUCCACCAUCUGGCUUCACCCUAGCCCACACAUAGGUAACUGCUGAGUUUGUUAAUGUGUCAGCUUUUCUCGGGUUGAACAGUACUAUCAGCUAGCACUGUCUCUAUUAACUGUUCUGUGCUACCCUUGGCCCUUUGAAAAGUACCUUUAACCCUCCCCAUAUCUGAAAUGUAGUUUAAGCCCAUACGCAUUAUCAUUAAAAUAUUUUUUCCACCAUAAAAA